AUGGAGGUCAUGCAGGGACCUGCAGGGGGACCCCAGCUGUUGCACUUGGGGGCUGGGGUCAUCGCUCUGCUGUUGUCGGUUGUGGCCGUGUGCUCCCUGCCCUCCCUGAUGGAUUACUGGAAGCGAUGGUGGGUGAUGAAGCCAAUCCCAGGUAUCAGCCCCUGCUAUCCUGUGCUGGGAAAUGCUCUACUCUUGGAGCGUGAGGGAGAAGGUUUUUUUAGACAAAUACAAGUUUAUGUUGAAGAGUUCAGGAGUUGGCCACUGUUCAAACUUUGGAUAGGACCAUUGCCUGUCAUGAUUUUGUAUCACCCUGACAGUGUGGAGGUCAUUCUGAGCAGUUCGAAACAUAUAGAAAAAUCGUACCUGUACAAAUUCCUGCAGCCAUGGCUGGGCACUGGACUUCUGACGAGCACUGGAGACAAGUGGCGGUCACGUAGGAAAAUGAUAACUCCCACGUUCCACUUUGCAAUCUUAACUGACUUUCUAGAGGUAAUGAAUGAACAAGGAGGUAUUUUGUUGGAGAAACUUGAGAAGCAUGUUGACAAGGAACCAUUUGAUAUAUUUAUGGAUAUCACUCUGUGUGCCCUUGAUAUCAUCUGUGAAACUGCAAUGGGCAAGAAUGUGGGUGCUCAGGAGAAUACGGAUUCUGAGUAUGUUCGUGCUGUCUACAGGAUGAGCGAUCUAAUCCAACAGCGACAGAAGAGCCCUUGGCUUUGGCCUGAUCUUGUAUAUAUGCUGUUCAAGGAAGGAAGAGAGCAUGAGAGGAACCUCAGGAUCCUUCACAAUUUUACAGAUAGAGUCAUUUCAGAAAAAGCUGCAGAACUUGAAAACACCAAGCAAAUGAAAUGCGAUACUGAUGGCAACUGUGAAGAAAGUGGCUCCAAAAAGAGAAAAGCUUUCCUGGACCUGCUGCUGAGUGCAACAGAUGAUGAAGGGAACAAAUUGAGCUACAGGGACAUUCGUGAAGAAGUGGAUACCUUCAUGUUUGAGGGUCAUGACACAACAGCAGCGGCUAUGAACUGGGCCCUGUAUUUACUUGGACAUAAUCCUGAAGCCCAGAAGAAGGUUCACAGAGAACUGGAUGAGGUGUUUGGCAACACUGAGCGUCCUGUUACAAUGGACGAUUUGAAGAAGCUUCAAUACCUUGAGUGUGUUGUGAAAGAAGCCCUUCGGCUCUUCCCUUCAGUUCCACUGUUUGCCCGUGCGUUGAGAGAGGAUUGCUGUAUCAGAGGAUAUCGGGUACCAAAAGGCACAAAUGUUAUUGUUGUAACUUAUGCCCUGCAUAGAGACCCCGAGAUCUUCCCUGACCCGGAGGAGUUCAGGCCUGAGCGAUUCUUCCCUGAAAAUUGUAAGGGAAGGCACCCAUAUGCUUAUGUGCCCUUCUCAGCUGGUCCUAGGAACUGCAUUGGUCAGCGCUUUGCACAAAUGGAGGAGAAAGCUCUUCUAGCCCUCAUCCUGCGGCGCUUUUGGGUGGACUCGUGUCAAAAGCCAGAAGAGCUUGGUAUAACUGGAGAACUGAUUCUUCGGCCAAAUAAUGGCAUCUGGAUUAAGCUGAAGAGAAGGCCAAAUGCUGGAUCAGAAUGAAAUGAAAUUCAAGAUCUUAUUUUUCCAAAAACUUCCAAGUUAUUUAGGCUUAGAUAUGUUUUUAAAUCGGAU